AUGGGCUGGGCUGCAAAUAUCGCAUCUCCGUCUCAGCCGGAUGACCCGGCCCCAUCCCAGUUGCUGCACUAUCUUCCGGAUUACCAGGUCGUCAUCUGCAGUGCCUGCCGAUAUGCUGUCCAGCCUCAUGGGAUUUUACGUCAUCUGAAAGAGAUUCAUCGCAUACUUCGUGGCCGCCGGCGGAAGUACUCUCAUUACGUUGCCAGCCUUUCCCUUAGAGAGCCAAACGAUGUCAUACCCCCCAGUGGCGCUGAUCAGUUCCCGGUCCCAUACUUACCGGUCGAGCCCGGUCUUCAAUGCCAGUCAGCUGGUUGCAAGUACCUAUGUGCUUCUAAUAAGCGCAUGCAGUCCCACUGGAGAACUGUGCAUGGGCGAAAGGCCGAUUGCACCACAGACUGGCGUACAGUUCCCCUGCAGACUUUCUUCCGCGGCAAUCACCUGCGGUACUUCACUUCUGAGGGUGCAAAGACCAAUCAUGCUUUAUCAGACUCUGUGUUUGGGGGCCACACACAAGAGUUAUCAGAGAACCAGCUCCACGCAGGCCUGGACUCCAUGGACUCUGCUCUUCUGGACCACUACCUCCGACACACAUACCAAAGUUUCACAACCAACCAAGAGACAGACAAAAUAUGGCGCCUGGUUGUUCCGGAACUAGCAUAUAAGAAUGUGUUCCUUUUGCAUGGCCUACUAGCCUGCACAAGCUUGCACAGAGCGCACAUGAGCUCUGGGCACACCAACCAGGAAAAGGUAUUCCUCCUAAGAGCCUACCACCACCAGGAGAUUGCUCUCCCGCAGUUUCGGUACGCUAUUGAGCAUCCUACGGAGGAUAAUUGCCAUGCCAUUCUGGCAUUUGCACAUCUGUUAGUGGUAUACUCUUUUGCCGCCGAUCAGCCUAGGUGCUCAAAUUCAAAUAUGGGCACGGACUCAUUGUUCCUAGUGGAUCGGAACAGUGGCGAAGGCAGUCAACCGGAUAGUAUUCUCUGCAAAUGGCUAUACUUUCUCCGCGCCGGCUGCUCUAUGCUGUGUGAAGUAUGGGAGCAGUUGAAAGAGGGGCCCGUCAAAGCACUUUCGGAGGCCUGGGACAUUGACCUAGGUGACGACCCGGAUCUCCCAUAUCUGGAGCUUUUUAUGUCAAUGAUUCCAAACGAAUCAGCUACCACACAUGAAACCGGCGAUGUCACUGAGACCAGUCUCGUUUGGCCCGAAGAUGUGACGGCCAUUUACCGACAGGCUGCCAUUGAACUGAGCCGAUCAUUUUCGUACGUGCAUGCCCACCGCGGAUUACUUACUACUUGGGAUGUUCUCCGCAUAUGGCCCAUGGAAGUGUCGCUAGAAUACAUGGCUCUUCUCCACCAACGGCACCCGGGAGCACUUAUAUUGCUAGCGUACUAUUGUAUCCUGUUGAAGCAGAUGGAGAGACACUGGUACUUCGAAGGGCGCGCGGCAAUGCUAAUCUGCGCCAUUCAGAGACAUUUGAAGCCCGAGUGGCAUGUUUUCAUCCGAGAGCCAUUGCAUACGGUUCUAGGAGUACCUGAUGGUGGCCAUUUCCUUGGGGAGCUUUAG